UAAGCCUUCUACGACUUUGCGGGCAUGACUGUCUGAAGCUCUGCCAUGGAGCCGGACCCACCGGCCGUAGACUCGGUGGUGGCCGCAGACCUUUAUCCUCCUGAUGCACCCACUGACCCAUCGGCCGUUCCUCCCACACUUGAGAGGGAGCUUGCCAAAGAGCAGGGCACGUCUAGAGCUGCUGACUCAAGAGGACAUCGAACUAUUGCUGGUGCUGUUUUGCUAGGCAUUUUCCUCGGCUUCGUGCUUUUGAUGGCACUGAGCACCGCCAUGUUCCAUGCCUUUCGAAACAUUGCAGUGACGCCUGCAAGUCUCUUGGGAGCACCGCAUAAUGAACAGCUGGUGGUAGGUGCUGCGCAAGCAGUGGACCACUGUGGUCUUGCAGAUUAUCCACGUCUCUCCGUGGAGGAGCUGCGAAGGGUGCAGGACAUCGCUUUCACAGUGAACGGUGCGUUUCACUUCUAUCGCGUCGCCAGCAUCCACCAGACUCGAGGCGGGGCAGUUCGCAUUGAAGCAGAAGAUGGAACGCGGCUGCUGGUGCAAGAUGAGACCAUCAUUCUUGAACGCCAGUGGUUCCCGAAGGAAGUUCUGCCAAGAGGAAGCACAGGCACGCCUCCCGGUGUCUUGAAGAUCAUCCGUGCCGGCUGAUCUCGAUUUUGUGUGUUUUCCAUCCUAUUUCAAGUGAAACUGCACGCACAAUUUGAAAAGUUGACCGAUGGAAGAGCACCAACCAGCAACAAACCGAGCUCAACCCUGGACUCUUUAAGCUGGUCCUUUCGCC